GUGAAAACGAACAACGGCUCAUAUUAAAAGUUAUCCAGUAUUUCAAACUCGAAAAAAUGCUGGAAAACCCCUUUUGCCUGUGUCGGCUGUUUACGAUAGAGCAUCGGAGGCUUUAGGAAUUUCACGCACGACUGUGCAAAGAAUCAGUUCUAGAGGAAUCGUGAAAGAUGAAGAACAAAAAGUAGCAACAAGUCAUAGAAUUGCUUUGUCCUGUGGAAUUCCUGCUUAUAAGAUACAUGAACAUACAAUUAGAACACGUAUUUAUUCAAUGUAUGCUGCAGGGGAACAUAUUACAUUACAAACUUUGCAAGCAAACCUUCAAAACAUUGAUGAUGUUCAGUUGUCUCUGACUAUGUUGGGGAAACGACUUAAAUAUUUGCAGUUUAUAUGGCAAAGUUGCAAGCAUUCUAACAGGAAGUAUUUAAUGGAGCAGCCAUAUAUUGCACAGAAGAGACUGCAAUUUUUACGACAAUAUAAAGAAAAUCAAAUCUCUGAUUGUUCUUUCAGACCAGUAUUUCUUGAUGAAACCUGGAUUUACAGUAAGGGUGGAUUUAAAAAGAGCUGGCAAGAUGGCAGUCUACAAACAGUUCGUAAAACAUCUGGAGAAGGAGUAAGGUAUAUUGUAUUGCAUGCUGGGUCAGAAGAUGGAUUUGUGGAGAAUGCUAGCUUAGUUUUCAAAUCAGGCACUAAAUCGGGUGACUACCAUGAUUCAAUGAACUCGGCAAAUUUUGAAAAGUGGUUUGAAGAACAAUUAAUUCCAAAUUUAGAUGAACCAUCUCUGAUUAUAAUGGAUAAUGCUCCAUACCACAGUACCCUUUUCGAGAGAACUCCAAAUCAGAGUUGGAGUAAGGAAUCCCUGAUUAAUUUCUUGCAAGAAAAGGGAAUCCAAUCACCACCUCUGGCAAUGAAAGAUCAGGUUUGGAAUAUUGUCAAGCAGAAUGUUGCACCUAAGAAAUACAAACUGGACGAAUUAGCCAAUGAGAAAGGACAUCGUGUGUUGAGACUUCCUCCAUAUCAUUGUCAGUACAAUCCCAUCGAAAUGGUAUGGUCAGAAUGCAAGCGCUACUAUGAUGCCAAGAUUAGUGCCAUUCAUCCUGUUACAAGUGAUGCAGUAUUAGGUCUUUGGAAAGAAGCACUUAAGAAGGUUACACCAGAGAAAUGGAAGAAUUAUAUCAGACAUACCAAUAGCAUAAUCGAUAAAGCCUGGGCCCAAGAACAACUGAUUGAUGCCUCCGAUAUUCUACCUGUAAUUAUCGACACGAAUGAUUCCGAUUCAGAUGACAAUUAUUUAACUGAGGGAGAAGAAAGUGUGUAG